CCUGGACCUCAUCACUUCCUGUUUGCUGAGAGAGCGUGGUUUGAGACAGAGCUCCGUCAAACUUUUUCUAAAUAUAUCGUUUAUUCCUGUUAUUUCUUAAUAUUUAUAUUGUAAAUUGAUAACUCACAGAGGGUUAAACCUAUCCUUAAGUGUAUCCCAUACCAAAUAUCGUCAUAUAACGCACAGAUAGAUUUGUUUUAUACGAUCAUUCGCUAUUAGCACUCAGGCUGUUAGCAUUCCCAGCCUUUAGUUUGUGAAUAUUGCCUUUACUGCUUAACUCACUGUUCUCAUUAUGACACCACUAAUGGCUAAUGAUUCAGAUAUGUGUUUAACGUUACCUUUGAGUGCAGAUGAUGAAUCUUUCUUCGCACUUCAGUCAGAACUGGAAGUAUUGGAGAAGCAGAUCCACGAUCUACUCGAGAGGCAAACACGUCUGCGAGAACGUAAAACGGCGAUGGAAACAUCCCGGGCUGACGCUCGCAAAGCUGCGAGCCCAGGCUUCAAGAUCACGACGAGCCGAAAUGAACUUCACUCCUGCACCUGCACACACACGGCGGAAGGCGAAAUCCAGGACCGGAGCGAUGACCUCUCCCCCACCGCCGCGACCGGUCUUCGAGAUUUCUACGAGAAAUGGCUUUGCCGCCCUCUGCGAGACGAAAUCCAACGCUGUGGUCAUCGGAGUCUCAAUCGUCCGGAACGUACGCGCCUCCUUCAAUGAAGGUAAGGUGCGCACUCACUGUUUUCCUGGCGCCCGUGUUCUCGAUGUGUCUGCGCAGGUAACUGCGAUUCUGAAGGAGGAUGCAAGAGUAGGAGCCGUAGUUCUGCACGCGGGGGUGAAUGAUGUGAGAAUGCGGCAGUCGGAGAUCCUGAACAGGGACUUCAGGAGUCUGGUCGAUACUGUUCGCAACGCAUCGCCCACGGCGAGGAUCAUCGUAUCAGGGCCGCUUCCUACUUACCGACGAGGGAACGAAAAGUUCAGUAGACUAUUUAUGCUUAAUAAUUGGUUAAUGUCAUGGUGUAUUGAACAGAAGCUGCUCUUUGUAAAUAAUUUUGAUCUGUUCCGGUGAGCGACCUAGGCUUUUCCGCCCCGACGGGCUGCACCCCAGCAGCAUUGGAGCGGAAAUUCUGUCUGACAACAUCUCAAAGACGCUAAGCACCAUUUGACUAGUAAGUACAAAUUUUAACUACAGUCUGUGUUCUUCUCACCCAACUGUUAAGAAUGUUACUGCUUUCAAAUGCAUAGAGAAUGUGUCUGUCCCCAGAAUAAUACAACCAAAUAAUAAUUUAUUUAAAAGUCAGAGAAAAAAUCUUAUCAUGAUUAAACCAAAAGACAAUAUAUUUAAUGAGCAAAACCAACGCCUAAAGUUUGGGCUACUUAAUAUUAGAUCACUAAAUCCAAAGGCAGUUAUUGUAAAUGAAAUGAUCACAGACAACAGUUUUGAUAUACUUUGCCUUACUGAAACCUGGCUUAAGCCAAAUGAUUACUUCGGUCUAAAUGAGUCUACUCCUCCAUGCUACGGUUAUAUUCAUGAGCCACGUCCGGUUGGUCGAGGUGGUGGUGUCGCAACAAUCUUUAGAGACUUUCUUACCGUUACUCGGAGAACAAUGCAUACAUUUAAAUCAUCUGAAAUGCUUGCGUUGAACAUAACAGUUCCAAACAAAAGUAAAAAAUCAUUGGUCUCUCUUACAUUGGUUACUGUGUAUAGACCCCCUGGGCCUUACACUAAUUUUCUGAUAGAGUUCGCAGACUUCUUAUCGGAUCUAUUGGUUAACGUCGAUAAAGUACUGAUUGUUGGAGAUUUUAAUAUCCACGUAGACAGUGCUAACGAUCCAUUAGCUGUGGCGUUUAAAGAACUACUAGACUCUUGUGGUGUAACACAAUACAUCAAUAGACCUACUCAUCGCCUUAAUCAUACCCUAGACUUGAUUAUAUCUCACGGAGCCGAUCUAACCAAUAUCGAUAUUAUACCUCAAAGCGACGAUGUUUCCGAUCACCAUCUUAUAAUAUGUACACUGCGCACUGCAGAAAUCAGUUGUAUAUCUCGUUAUCGACAAGGUAGAACAAUCACCUCAACUACUAAAGAUAGUUUCGUAAAGAACUUGCCAGAUCUGACUUCUCUAAUAACCUUUCCAACGAAUAUAAAAUUGCUUGAUGACAUGACCAGCAACAUGGGCACUAUUUUCUCUAAUACAUUAGAAGCGGUCGCACCUAUGAAGUCAAAAAGGAUAAAUGAAAAGAACAUAGCACCAUGGUAUAAUAACACCACUCGCGCCCUAAAAAGAGAAACGCGUAAACUGGAGCGAAAAUGGAAACAAACCUCAGAAAAAAAUCACAGCACUGAAACUGCGCUCGUUAGAAUUACAAAUGACCUUCUUAUUGCUUCAGAUAAAGGUAACAUCUCACUAUUAGUCCUGCUUGACCUUAGUGCUGCUUUCGAUACUGUAGACCAUAAAAUACUACUAGAUCGUUUACACCAUUAUAUCGGUAUUCAGGUACAGGCACUGCAAUGGUUCAGAUCUUACUUAACAGACCGAUAUCAAUACGUCCAUUUAAAUGGGAAAUCGUCAAAUCUUACGCAAGUCAAUUAUGGAUUACCUCAGGGAUCGGUUUUAGGACCCUUGCUUUUCUCCAUAUACAUGCUGCCCCUCGGCAACAUUAUUAGAAAACAUGGAAUUAGCUUCCACUGUUAUGCAGAUGAUACUCAGCUAUAUAUCUCAUCAAGACCAGAUGAUUCCUUUAAGCUAUCCAAACUGGCAGAGUGCAUCGAGGACAUAAAACAUUGGAUGACUAGUAAUUUCCUCCUUUUAAACUCUAGCAAAACAGAAAUAUUACUUAUAGCACCAAAAUUAAGUAAACCGAAUAUCUCCGAUUACAGCCUGCAAAUUGAAAGCUGCACUGUUACUCCAACAAAUACAGUUAAAGACCUAGGCGUUAUAUUAGACGGCAACCUGUCAUUUAAAAAUCACAUCUCAAAUAUCACAAAAACAGCCUUCUUCCACCUUAGAAAUGUUGCCAAAUUACGAAAUAGUUUAUGUGUUGCAGACGCAGACGCAGAAAAGCUUAUUCAUGCAUUUGUGACCUCACGGCUUGACUAUUGUAAUGCUCUACUUAGUGGUUGUCCUGUAUCAUCGAUAAACAAACUACAGUUAGUUCAGAAUGCAGCUGCCAGAGUUCUUACUAGGUCAAGAAAAUACGAUCACAUAACCCCAGUUUUAUCAUCGCUUCACUGGCUACCCAUUAAGUAUCGCAUUGAUUUUAAAAUUAUUUUAAUUACUUACAAAGCCCUGAACGGUUUAGCACCUACUUACUUAACCGAGCUUUUAUCACGUUACAACCCAUCACGCUCGCUGAGAUCUCAAAACUUAGGACUUUUGACAAUACCUAGAAUAACAAAAUCCACCAAAGGUGGACGAGCUUUCUCAUACGUAGCACCUAAACUCUGGAAUAGCCUUCCUGAUACUAUUCGAGGGUCAGACACACUCUCCCAAUUUAAAUCUAGAUUAAAGACACAUCUUUUCAGCCAAGCUUUCACUUAAUGCAUAGUUAAUGAACAGCAGCUACGCUAAUUAUUCUCUUUAUUCUCUUUCCGCCUCUGCCUCGGGAUGCCCAUCCCGAGGUAGGAAGAUGUUCCACCAUGUCCAGACGACCGACAGAUGCCCAUCCCCAUGCCCAUCCCGAGGUAGGAAGAAGUUCCACCAUGUCCAGACGACCGACAGAUGCCCAUCCCCAAUUUGAGAUUACACCAGAUACAGCUGCAGACUGACUGACCAUCCCAGCUCCAUCUAAGGCAAUUCCACCAGCUGCCAAGAGAAAUAUGACCAUCGGACCAUCCCAGCUCAGACCACUACAUCCCCAACCAAGAGCAAAGACGGACUAUUUGUCUUAUUAAUGCUGAAGUUACAAUAUUUGGUAUUAAAUGCUAAACCUAAACCAGACGUCAGCAGUCUGAGUGCGACUAUGACACGUCAGAGGGGAUCUGGCCCUCCCGGUUGAGCCUGGUUUCUCCCGAGGUUUUUUUCUCCAUUAAUCAAUCAUUGGAGUUUGGGUUCCUCGCCACAGCAGGGCAGUGUUGGCCUGCUCACCGGGAGACUGCAUUCAUUCAUUUAUUUAUUUAUUUAGAAAUUAGAUGUUAUUUAUUAGAAUGAACUUACUCGUUGUAUAAAUACCAUGCACUGUGCUUUGUUUUAACUUUUCUGUUUUUCCUGUUUGCCCCUGUAAAGCUGCUUUGAAACAAUACACAUUGUGAAAAGCGCUAUAUAAAUAAACUUGAAUUGAAUUGAAUUGAAA